AUGGCUUUCAAAUUCAUUACCUUCUGCGCACUUUUGGCUGCUGCCAGUGCUGGUUAUGUAUCACCCAUUACUUAUGCUGCUUCACCUGUAGUCAAGUACGUGAAUCCUGCCGUCGAUGCUGUUGCCUCUACUCAACAGAAUGUUGUGCGCUCUUUUGGCGGCACUGUGUCUUCCUACUCCAAAUCGGUACAGACUCCCUACUCCAGUGUCAGUAAAGUAGAUACCCGCAUUAGCAAUAAUGUCUAUACGCCUGCUAUUGCUAAAACUGUUACAUAUGCUGCCCCUGCUGUUGCCAAAACUAUCAGCUAUGCUGCUCCCACUGUCACUUAUGCUGCUCCAGCUCCUGUAUAUACCAAGACUUUGGUUUCAGCUCCUGUUCACACUGUCAACACUUAUGCUGCCCAUACUCCCGUCGUGUACUCUCAUGCUGCUCCCGUUGUUAAGCAAGCCAUUGCUUACUCUCCAGCUGAUACUGUAGCUCAUGUGUCCUUUGAUGGUUUCGGUUCUCACUGGGGCUAUUAAAUGUUUUUUUUUUAAUUUUUUAUUAUUUGUAUCUCUUUGUUGUGCUGAAAUAAAUUUAGUUUGUUGACUUUUUUCAAUCUUGAAUAAUUAAAAA